AUGUCAUCGUCAAUAACGUCCUCCGUAACAUCCUCCUUGACCUCCUCAGCGUCAGCCUCAGCAUCCGCUGCUGGACUGGUGGAUAAAGAGGGAAACUCAAGUUUCAAGAUCGUCGGUAUAUGUUUGGCAGUAGGAUCAGGUUUAUUGAUAGGAUCGAGUUUCGUAAUUAAGAAGAAAGGUUUAAUCAACUCUACGAAAAAAUAUGGGAAUGUAGCUGGAGAAGGUCAUGGGUAUUUAAAGAGUUGGUUAUGGUGGGCGGGCAUGAUAACUAUGAUCGUUGGGGAGAUUUGUAAUUUUGUCGCUUACGCCUUCACAGAAGCUAUCCUGGUCACACCGAUGGGAGCUCUAUCGGUAGUGGUAGCAGCUAUCUUAUCACAUUUCCUGCUGAAAGAGAAAUUGACCUUUUUUGGCUGGAUAGGUUGUACACUCUGUAUCAUGGGAGCCGUCAUUCUCGCCCUCAACGCACCGGAAGAGCAAUCCGUAACUACCAUCAACGAAUUCAAGAAACUAUUCUUAUCUGUUGGAUUCCUAGUUUGGGCCAGUCUGCUCAUCGCUGGAAGUUUGGUGAUGAUUUUCUUUGUGGCUCCCAGAUGGGGCAAGAAGAGCAUGUUACCUUACAUUAGUAUAUGCAGUUUGAUAGGUGGGAUUAGUGUUAGUUGUACGCAGGGGUUGGGAGCUAGUAUCGUUACAUCCAUACAAGGAAACAACCAAGUGAAGAAUUGGUUCUUCUGGUUCUUAUUUGUAUUCGUCGUGAUUACAUUAUUGACAGAGAUUAAUUACCUUAACAAAGCUCUCGAGCUAUUUAACACAUCCAUGGUCGUCCCUGUUUAUUUCUGCUUCUUCUCAUCUGCCACCCUCAUCACCUCGUUCAUCCUAUAUCAAGGUCUAAAAGCAUCUGCUGUCACACUCAUCACUAUGGUACUGGGAUUUUUAGUCACAUGUUUGGGAAUUACCUUGUUACAAUUGUCGAAAGUCGAUCCGGAAAGCUUAGACACGAAGUUAGAUCGUAAAUCGACUAUCCUGAUGCAAGCUGCUAAACAUCAAACUGAAGAUGCGGAGAAAGGACAGGUAACCUCGGCGGAAGAUCCAGGAAUGGAUGCUCUCCGAGGAGGGUUUGGAGCUGUUGGGUCGAUCAUCAGAGCUAGAAGCGUUAGUAGACGAAUGUCACAAUCUAGUUCGUCGGCUACUGGAUUUGGCGGUGGAGUAGGGGGAAAGGGUAUGUAUGGGUAUAGUAGUGGGAAUUUGAGUACGCAUGGGUUAGGUCAUUUGGAGAGAUUUCAAUUGUCCGAUAAUCCCAUGCCGGCCGACGCAAUGGAUCAAAUCUCCUUACAUUCCGCGAAAUCUCCUUCUGCACUGUCGCCAACGGGAGGUUUCUUACAUCAGAACCACCAGUAUUUCCCGUCUCCUCAAAGAUCGAAAUCUCAAUUAAAGGCAAGUUCAUUUGAAUACAUUCCCCUUGAUAUCAUUUCGAGUCCUACUCUGAAAAUUCAUCCAACUUCUUAUCAAAUAUUGAAUUCACCCUUGAAAAGAAUCUCAAAUUUAUCUUUGAACAAUCCUACCACCCCUGCAAUCAAUAGUGCACAAGCUAAUCUUAAGAAUCCAUCUUCAUCAAUACAGUUCGAAGAGGCGGAUGUAGUUCAUCAAUAUCAUUAUGGCUCGCAGCCAGAUGAUGCAGCCGUGCACAGCUAUCGCCCUCAUCCUUCACCUUCGGGCUUAGGUAUGCCAACGAUGGGCAGUCGACAACCUUCGAGCGGGUCUGUAUAUCCCGUCAUCGAAGAGACUGAUGAAGAAGACCUUUCUAGGGAGAAGGAAAAAGGAUCUUCGUCAAGGGUUUAUACCAAUCCUGUGCCAGUUAUAGCUCGAGAUCAAGCAUACCCAUUUCCGGAUACUCAUCAACACCCAAACUCAAAGCCGUAUAAUCUUGAUCAGUAUACUCAACCUUCGAAUGAUCCCAACUUAAACGCUCAACCACAAAAGAUAACAUCUGGUCAUAGAAGUUUUAGCGGACUGUUUCAUUUCCCAUCUGGACCAGACCUUUCAUUGGGUAAUAACCAUGGGAAUGGAAGAAGAUCAAAAUCUAAGGAUCGAUCUGAAAAGUUCCCACACAAGAGGGGUGAAGAUGAUGAAUUGGAUAAACAGGAAAGGACAGCUUUGGUACCUUCGACAAGUUACGACAAUGACAAUGACCAAAGUUUUGAACAAGGAUUUGACGAAGUAGAUCGAUAUGAGAGUGAUGAGUCGGAUGGUCUAGAUGGAAAGACGACAACUGAGAAUGCACAUGAAGCUCAAAUAGGUGUAGGACACCGAGUGAACCUUAGUGUAUCCACUAUGGAUGAUUCGAUAUCUGCUAAUACCACUACUACGUUUGGAACCAAUCCAUCUGAUCGAUCGAUACCCACGAGUAGAGAGAGUAGCGGGACCGGUGGAGGAGGGCCAAUGGGACCUAGAGCUUUGCCGCCAAGUAAAGGCAGGAGGAGUGAUCCCCCUGGAUUCGCUGGACCGAGAUAUGGGUCUUAG